UCUCUAUGGUUUCCUUCCUCUCCCGGUUGGGCAAGGUAGCUGACCUUGCGCUUGCGCAGUGAGCGCUUCCUUUUUCUUCUCUGCCUCCUGGAGGAGCAGCAAGAUGGCCAAGCGCACCAAGAAGGUUGGGAUCGUGGGUAAAUAUGGUACCCGUUAUGGAGCUUCCCUGAGGAAAAUGGUGAAGAAAAUUGAAAUUAGCCAGCAUGCUAAGUAUACCUGCUCCUUCUGUGGCAAGACCAAAAUGAAAAGGAAAGCUGUGGGUAUCUGGCACUGUGGCUCUUGUAUGAAAACAGUAGCUGGUGGUGCCUGGACAUACAACACCACUUCAGCAGUGACAGUGAAAUCUGCUAUUAGGAGACUGAAGGAGUUAAAAGACCAGUAGAAGCAUAUUUUUGCUCCAUUGUUAACCUUCUUCCAGUGUCUCAGUUCAUGUCAUGAUUGUCAAUUAAAGGUGGUUGUGAACCUUGAA